AUGCCUUUCUACCCUCCCGAAUGGGUCCCGAAGCUGCCCUUCGACCCUCCGGAUUCGAUCACCGUGGCCGACUUCCUCUUGGAGGAGCAUUAUGGCAGACACCCGCUGGGAUACUCAAACGCACCCUUCAUCUGUGGCUUGACAGGUAAAAGCUAUUCAACUCUGGAGGUCAAGGAGCGUGUCGAUUACCUCGCACGUGGUCUUGCGAAAGAGCUUGGCUGGGAGCCGAACAAGGGCUCCGAGUGGGAUAAGGUCAUUGCAGUCUUUUCUGUCAAUACUCUUGACACGAUCCCGCUGGCAUGGGCAACUCAUCGAUUGGGCGGUCUCCAGUCCCCUGCGAAUGCCGCAUACAGUGCUGCUGAGCUCGAAUACCAAUUAAAGAACUCCGGCGCAAAGGCGCUCUUCACCUGCCUUCCUCUUCUAAGCACCGCAAAGGAGGCUGCAAAGAACGCUGGUAUCCCAGAGAAUCGCAUCUAUAUCCUGGAAGUGCCAAAGUUUGCUGUUCCAGCGGGUGUGACCAGUAAUGCUAAGACCGUUGAUGAUUUCAUCCGCGAAGGCGCCCAGCUGCCCAGGCUAGAGCCAUUGAAUUGGAAGCAGGGAGACGGCGCAAAGAAGACUGCAUUCCUUUGCUACUCGAGUGGAACUUCGGGGUUGCCCAAAGGUGUUAUGAUAUCACAUCGAAACGUGAUUGCAAAUACCUUGCAAAUUUCGACCUUCGAGCAACCUGACCGAGAUAGGAAACGCCCAGCUGGCACCCAGUCCGACUACACCGAGAAUGUCCUGGGACUUCUCCCAAUGAGCCACAUUUACGGACUAGUAGUCGUUGCACACUCCAGCAUUUACCGAGGCUAUGGAGUUGUCGUGCUACCAAAGUUUGACUUUGCCCUAAUGUUGAAAGCUAUCCAGGACAACAAGAUCAGCACAUUGUUUUUGGUACCCCCGAUCAUUAUUCUUCUCACAAAGAACAAGGAAGUACUGUCGAAGUAUGACCUUAGCAAUGUAACUGCCAUCUUCACGGGCGCAGCACCUCUGGGCAAAGAGACAGCCGCAGAUCUCCAAUCGAUCUUCCCCAACUGGGCCAUUCGCCAGGGCUAUGGCUUGACUGAGACGUGCACCGUUGUAACCUCAACCGCCGCCGAUGACAUUUGGUUCGGUUCUUCCGGAUCAAUUCUCCCCUCGAUCGAGUGCAAGAUCGUCACACCCGAAGGCGAGGAGAUCACAGGUUAUGAUCAGCCAGGAGAGCUGCUCGUAAAGUCACCCGCGGUCGUUCUUGGAUACUUGAAAAAUGAUAAAGCCAACAAGGAGACCUUUCAAGACGGUUUUAUGCGCACUGGCGACGAGGCCGUGAUCCGCAAAGCACCAUCAGGCGUUGAGCAUUUGUUUAUCACUGACCGGAUAAAGGAGUUGAUCAAGGUCAAGGGUCACCAAGUCGCACCUGCCGAACUCGAGGCCCAUCUCCUGACCCAUCCGGCCGUAAACGAUUGCGCAGUCAUCCAGGUACCGGAUGAUGCCGCAGGAGAGGUCCCCAAGGCCUUCGUAGUGAAAGCACCUUCUGUCGGCCUGGAGGAGAACGAUCGCGUGCUUGCUCGAUCGAUCCAAAAGCACGUAGAGGAGCACAAGGCCAAGUAUAAGUGGAUCACGGGUGGAGUGGAAUUCAUCAACGAGAUUCCCAAGAGCCCAAGCGUGACGAAACGCAACCAAAAAAUGGCGAUUGCAAACCCCGCCGAGCACCGUGACGACGACAUGGAUGUGGAAGAGGAGGAGGUGAUGCUCGAUCCCGCCGAGGCUGGCGAGGAAGUUCCCGACGAUGAAGAUGCCCCCAUGGAGUCCGACGACGAGGACGGCCAGGAUGGAGACCAAGGCAUGCAGGUAGAAAUUGAGCUCCAAAACGACAGUGUUGCUCACUUCGACGGCCAUCAAGACAGUAUUUUUUGCAUCGCACAGCAUCCCGUGCACCCCUCCAUCGUAGCGACGGGAGGUGGCGACGACACCGGUUACGUGGUCGAUGUAUCCGAUAUUCCUGCCGGCGGUAACGUUGCGAAUGUUGAAAGAGAAGGUUUGAAGAGUCUGUUCAAACUCGAAGGGCAUUCCGACUCAAUUAAUGCAAUCACUUUUUCUUACCCUAAGGGCCAAUACGUUGCGACCGCCGGCCUUGACGGAAAGCUCAGAGUUUGGCAGGGCGAGCCAGCUGGUAAAAGGUGGAAAUUUCUCGCUGAAGCACAGGAAGUCGAGGAAAUCAACUGGUUGCUUCCAUGCCCGGACCCGGAACAUCCUAAUGUCGUUGCGCUCGGAGCCAACGAUGGUAGCGUUUGGGUCUACCAACUCGACGCAUCUCAGAAGGACUCCCCCUUGACGGCCAUCCAGGCGUUCUACCUCCACACAGAAUCCUGCACGGCAGGUUCAUGGAGUCCGGACGGCAAAUUCCUAGCGACAGUGAGCGAGGACUCAAGCUUUUACGUGUGGGAUGUUUUCGGGGAUGCCGCGGCUGCAGGUCUGACAUCCACAUCCAACGCCCAAAGCGUGGUCGGAUUGACAGGACUUGACGAGCGUUUCCGUGUGGAGGGAGGUCUCUACUCGGUUGCUGUGGCCCCCAAUGGCUCUUUCGCGGCUGUUGGUGGACCAGAGGGCCAGGUCCGUAUCGUCGGGCUGCCUCGCAUCACACCUUCAGCAGAAGCGGGAUCAAGUGCAGGCGGAGGUGCAAGGAACAAGGCUGGUGGCGCAAAGCAGGCUGCUGCAAAGGGUGCCGCGGGCAGCGCCGGUCAAGCAGGCCAGAUCCUCGCCAGCUUACAAGCUGGCAGCGACAAUGUCGAGACUCUCUCUUUCUCCUCCCCGCCUCUCACACUACUCGCCGCUGGCAACGUCGACGGCUCCAUCACACUCUUCGACACAGCUCACCGUUUCGCCAUCCGGAGGAGGAUCGAGGAAGCACAUGCUGACGAGGAUGCCCCACAAGCUGUCGUCAAGGUAGAGUUCGUGAAGCGAGAGGGUCCUGGUAGCGCCCUACUUAGGUCAGUGGGCUACGAUGGUGUCUUGAGGAGUUGGGAUGCAAGGGGCGGCACAGCAGCCGCGGCAAAGGGAUUGGUGGGUGAAUGGAGAGGCCAUAGAGGUGGGGGAGAGGGCGGUGGUAUCAUGUCUUUUGUGCAAGGCAAUGGUGAUGUGGUGGUCACAGCAGGCGAUGACAAGGUUGCCCUUGUAUUCCCAACUCCCGUGGCAUAG